AGAAGUACACUAAUUAAGGAUCACAUAGAAUUACCUCCCUCAGCUCCCUCUCUCCAUACAAAAAUGGCAAGGGUUGUUGCACUCAUCUCUGCACUUUGCAUUUUGGCCCUUGCCGGCAUCGCCCACUGCACUCCUGAGAAAUUCAAUGUUGUGGGCAACGUCUACUGCGACACCUGCCGUGUUCAAUUCCAGACCAGAAUUAGCCAGAACAUAAAAGAUGCGGUGGUGCGGCUGGAUUGCAGAAACAUAGAGAACCAGACAUUGACAUACAGCGUGAAGGGGGCGACGGGGGUGGACGGAAAGUACAACUUGACGGUGGACGGAGAACACGAGAAGGACAUGUGCGAGGUGACAGUGGUGAAGAGCCCAAGGGAGGAUUGCAAGGAGACCGUGGCGGGGUUGGAGAAAGCCAGAGUUGUUUGCACUCAGAACGUUGGAAUGGAGGGAGGCCUUCGCCAUGCUAACCCACUCUUCUUCAUGAAAGAUAAGGCCGAUGAGCGGUGUGCCAAAGUGUUGAAGGAGAUCGAUUUUCUCCCCGGUCCAGCCAUGUGAUAUCAUUUCUCCCAUCCAUCAACAACGUAACCUUAAUUAGCUUUGCCCUUUUUAAUGUUGUUCUAUAUAUAUGUGUGCACUCCAUUUGAUUGAAUAAAUUAUAUUUCGAUCGAGUUCAUGAUAUAUAAGUCGAGCUUGGUACGUAAA